AUGGGAACCGAGCCGGGGACGACCAAUUCCUCCGGUUCGGGUGGUUCCGGUUCACGUGGAGCCAAAAAGCGCGACUCGUGGCAUACGGCACCCGGCACCAAUGGAACGUCCGGCGAUGGUGGACGCGAUGAGCCGCCCGAUUCAUCCGACACGGCAGGCCAGGCCGUUGCUAGCCCGAAGGAGCCAGCCUCCAAUGGAAAUUCGGCCCCGACCAAGACAACGCACCCGGCCACUACGGAGACAGCACAGAUUCUCCAAAGCAAGGAACGCAACCUUGUAGUGGCGUUAACGGGUGAACGGCGCCGUGAAACCUGGAGCCAAAAGGCGGAGUUCUUGCUGGCCGUGAUUGGAUUUGCGGUAGAUUUGGGCAAUGUGUGGCGCUUUCCCUACAUCUGCUACCAGAACGGGGGUGGUGCAUUUCUCAUUCCGUACUGUAUUAUGCUGCUGUUUGGAGGAUUACCACUGUUCUACAUGGAACUUGCCUUGGGACAGUUUCAUCGGUGCGGUUGCCUCUCCAUCUGGAAACGCAUCUGUCCGGCGCUGAAAGGUGUCGGGUACGCAAUCUGCCUGAUCGAUAUCUACAUGGGCAUGUACUACAACACCAUCAUCGGUUGGGCCGUGUACUAUUUGUUCGCCUCGUUCAGCUCCGAACUGCCCUGGACCAAGUGUGGCAAUCCGUGGAACACGGAGAACUGUUCACCGGUCACCGGGCGGGUCAAUGCAACGCUCGCCUCCACUACCACGGCCGCACCGACGGUGACGACUACGCUCAUGUCAUCGAUGACCACGAAUGCAGCGUCAGCCGGUGUGACACUGGUUGCGUCUGCACUGGGCAACUCGACAAUGGCCACCAUGCAUCCCCAGUACUAUCCGCAUGAGCAACACCUGCUGUCCAGCACACUGCCAACGAUGCUGUCCAAUCUGACCACCAGCACCAUGGCGACCGUGGCAGGAGUUGUCAGCAAUGGGCCUGCCCUGUCCAGUCCGGCGAGGGAAUUUUUUGAACGGCAGGUAUUGGAGCAGUACAAAUCGAACGGACUGGACUUUAUGGGACCGGUCAAACCUUCGCUCGCGCUCUGCGUCUUCGGUGUGUUCGUGCUGGUAUACUUCUCGCUCUGGAAAGGGGUUCGUAGUGCCGGGAAGGUGGUAUGGGUGACGGCACUCGCACCGUACGUCGUACUGCUCAUUCUGUUGGCCCGUGGUGUAACGCUUCCUGGUGCCGCCGAAGGUAUUCGCUACUAUCUAACGCCCCAGUGGGAUAAGCUCAACAACUCUCGUGUUUGGAUCGAUGCUGCCUCACAGAUCUUCUUCUCCCUUGGACCCGGUUUCGGUACACUGUUGGCCCUCUCGAGCUACAACAAGUUUAACAACAACUGCUAUCGAGACGCGCUGCUAACGAGUAGCAUCAACUGUCUCACCAGCUUCCUGGCUGGGUUCGUCAUAUUUUCCGUGCUCGGCUAUAUGGCGCAGGUGCAGAACAAAUCGAUCGAGGAGGUUGGCCUGGAGGGUCCGGGCUUGGUGUUUAUCGUCUAUCCGGAAGCGAUUGCCAUGAUGAAGGGUUCGGUGUUUUGGUCGAUCAUCUUCUUCCUGAUGCUGAUCACACUCGGCCUAGACUCGACGUUCGGUGGACUGGAGGCGAUGAUUACGGCACUUUGCGAUGAAUAUCCGCGUACGAUCGGACGUCGUCGAGAGCUGUUUGUGUUGAUCUUGCUUGGACUGAUCUACAUCUGCGCGCUUCCCACUAUGACAUACGGUGGCGUGUACUUGGUAAACUUUCUGAACGUGUACGGGCCCGGACUGGCGAUACUGUUCGUAGUGUUUGUGGAAGCGGCCGGCGUCUUUUGGUUCUACGGUGUGGAGAACUUUUCCGCCGACAUCGAGCAGAUGUUGGGUAAGAAACCGUCACUGUUCUGGCGCAUCUGCUGGAAGUACAUCAGUCCAACAUUUUUAUUCUGCAUACUGAUAUUUUCGCUGCUCGGGUACGAGGAAAUGCUUGGCGAGGAGUAUGAAUAUCCCGAGUGGAGUGUGGCUGCCGGUUGGGCAUUAACACUAUCAUCGGUCUUGUGCAUCCCAACUUAUGUGAUCUAUAAAUUUUUGAAAAGUCCCGGCAACUGUGAAGAUCGCUUGAGACGCACCUUCAAACCAGAACCGUUGAUACCGACGGCUAUCCCCGGCCAGCUGUAUACGGGCACCGCCGUCUGA